AUGGCUUUAUACGGUACUGCUCAGUUUAUCUUUGCACCUAUUAGCGGUUUCUUGUCGGAUCGAAUUGAAUCGCGGUGGUGGCCCAUGAUGGCCGGCGUGCUGGCUCUGGGUGCCGGCACCGGUUUACUGUGCGCCGGUAGCAGCAUUGGCCUUUGGGUAACAGGCCGGUUGCUACAGGGGGCAGCUGCUGCGACGAUAUGGUCUGUAGCAUGCGCCUUGUUAGUUGACACCGUGGCAAGUGAUCAGCUCGGCCACGCGAUGGGCUAUAUGAGCAUGGGCAUGACGCUUGGAAACCUGACGGGUCCUCUGACGGGGGGUGCAGUAUACCAACAUGGGGGUUACUAUGCAGUAUUCAUUGUGGCGUUUGCUUUUAUAGGUGUCGAUAUGGGGCUUCGACUCUUGAUUGUCGAGAAAAAGCAGGCUUCAAAAUUCCUUACUCGUCCUGUUACAGCAAGCCCCGAGAUCAUCAACGCCCAGGACGAAUCAGGGCUGCAGCUGGCUGAUCGGAAUAGCCAGGAUCCAGUAACUCUCCAUCUGCAUACGGGUCUUAGAGGUGCUUGGAAGCUUCUGUCUUCUCUGCGUAUACUCAUUGUCCUAUGGGCUUGCGUGGUGAUUGCGGUUAUUGUGUCGGCUUUUGACAGCGUCUUGCCGCUUUUUGUCCAAGAGACAUACGGUUGGGCGCCGACUGCGCAGGGACUUAUCUUCAUCCCACUCCUCAUCCCGAGCUUUCUCAGUCCGAUAGUUGGCUGGGUUAAUGACCGGUAUCCUAGCUCUCGACGGAUUGCGGCAGGAGGUGCCCUGGCAAUAAGCGUUCCGACCUGCGUUCUUCUCCGUCUCGUGCAGGUCAACGACACCGGGCGUAAAAUCCUGUUAUGCGUGCUUCUUUUGCUACUUGGUGCUUGCAUGGGUAUACUGUUCCCGCUUGUGCUGGCGGAAAGCUCAUAUGCCGCUUCCGAAAAGGAACAGGAACGCCCUUCUUUGUUUGGUAAACAGGGGGCAGCGGGACUUGCAUACGGGUUUUCGAAUUCCGCCUAUGCUGCCGGCUCCAUAGCUGGGCCAUUUUUCGCGGGUUUCAUCCGUCAAUACGCGGGCUGGGGUACGAUGUCAUGGUCAUUGGGGUUGCUGACUGGGGCCUCUGCUUUUCCGGUUGUGUUGUGCUUUGGCGGGCUUCUGUCCUGGCGGGGAAAUCACGGCAGUAACUAA